AUGGGAAAAGCUACAGCUGAUGAUAUAGUGAUGACAGAGGUGUUUGCAGAUGCAGAGCAUGACCUUGGAGAGAUUGGGGGUGACAAUGGUGUAGAUGAAUUUGCAAUGUCAGAUACAAGCAAUGAAGAAAGAAACAACUCACAAAAACAUCCACUGAAACAGUCCCGCAGUGCCCAAGUAGAGGCAAGAAAUGCAACACUGCAGAUAAUUAAAACUGUUGUGUGCAUCAGUAUCAUUCUGCAGAGCUCAAAUGAAAGAUGCAACUACUUACAAGGUCUCCUUGGCAUAUUCUUCCACUUGAUGAGUGUUCCGCAAAAGGUUAUUGAUGUCCUGGCACACAUGGGAUUAUCAAUCAGUGUCAUAUCAAUCCACAAUGUGAUACACUCAAUGUCCAAAGAAAUUGCAGCUAACAUCAAGCAAGGCAUUGAUAAUCCCAAUGCACUAUGCUGCUUGGCGACAUUAUGGGCUGCUGAUUCUCGUAACCCUGCACCUUCAACAAUAGCUGUUGAAAUUAAUGAAUUUGACAUGCUAAAACAUCACAUCAACGACACUUACAGCAGGCCUAAACCAGGCAAGCAUCUCAGCCCACGACUCACUGCCUUUGCAUGGCAUGUACAAGAUAUUCUUGUCCAACAUGGCUAG